GAUUGUCACUGUCACCUGGGGCCCUCUAUCUGAAGUCCCUGCCAAGGGGCGUGGGGAGGCAGCCUGGGGAGGGCUCUGCUCCGUGCAGCCUCGCUCUCCCUCAGCCCGAAGAGCCAAGCACGGAGGGACAGAGCCUCUAGAAUGUCGCUCCCCGGACACAGACCCCAGGCCCUGCCCUCUCUCUGCUUCUCCGUCCUGGUCCUGGCCUGGGUUGUGGUGUGCCAGCAAGAAGAGCCUACAGGAUCCCCGAGCCCCCCGCCAGCGUGGGGGAGCAGUCCCUGGGGCCUGGUGCAGAGCAAGGUGAAGGAGCUCAUGGAGACGCUGGUGACCAAGGUCAGAGAGAGGUGGCAGUGGUUGUGGGGCCCCUCGCUCUUCCAAGGCUUCAUGCAGACAUACUAUGAUGACCACCUGAAGGACCUGGGUCCCCGUGCCAAGGCCUGGCUCCACAGCUCCAAGGACAGCCUCCUGAACAAGACCUACAGCCUGUGUCCCCAGCUUCUCUGCGGGGACGAGGACCAGGGUUGAAGUGUUCACACGCAGCCUCCACAAUAAAGAAAUUCUUCUCUGUG